GGAUGGGGGUGGGGGCGGCUGAGGCGCCGCGAGCUGGCGCAGCGGGAGCAAGAGCGCGCGCCCCAUAGCCCGGGAGCGGCUCCGCGCCGGCCACUAGCCCUCAGUUGCUGAUGCCCAGAGGCCUGCGGUCGCCUUGGGGUGGACCUGCCAGGAAAAGCGGGGACAGCGGGCCCGAGAGAGAGACUCGGCAGGCAGGUGCGGGUGUCCGCCUGAGGGUGUUGGCCUGGGGCCGCGCCAUGACCGGGAAACUCCUAGCAGCUUUUCGCCUGCAGCUCCGGCCACUCGGUUGAGAGUGCAGUUCCAGGCUAUUUUCUCCGGAGUGUGGAGGUACGUGAAGAUGAGACCGGAAGUGCUGGAAGUCACUUCCGGCUUCCCCCCCCCGGACGCCUUGCUGUACAAGGGGCCAGAGAAACCUUUCUGCCUACCCUUCCUGAGAAAAGUGGCGUUUUCGCCGUCAUUUCUCCGAGGCGGAGGGCCAGGAAGAGAAUCAGUCUACUUCCUGUCCACCUCCAUCGCACUGAGGUCGGCGUGGCUCGCGGAAACGACCUGAUUCUGCGCAGCAAGGUGCUGAACAAGCGGCGCUAGGAUCUAGGUUUCACAAAGCCGGAGUGGGCCUGGAGGAAAAAUACCCGACAAGUUGAGGACAGUGCUGGGUGCAGAGUCCAUCCAACAGAGACACACUCGCUGCAGCCCGAAGACUUAAGUGGUGCUCCAGAUCAACAGUUUCUGAUUUGCAGUAUAAUAUUUGCCUGGAAUGGUACAAAAAUCUCAAGAUUUUCCCUGUCUGCACUUUCUGCACCAGGUCCCUGCAAAGCUACAUUCCUACCUGUAGCUUAACUCUAUCUUGCCCAGUGUGCCGCCAGACCUCCAUCCUGCCAGAUAAAGGGGCAGCUGUGCUUCAGAACAGCUCUCACUGUGCUAAAUAAGAGGUCAUUAUACUUACUAGAAAUGAGGCUUUUAUCUGUGCACUUCACUGUUCACCAACAAAGAAGCAGUUGACUUGGCAAAUAGAAUUAAGCAACAGUAUCAAAACGUCUUGACUCUGACAUGAGUCUCACAUAAACAUGAAGAGUAUAGUAUCCUGGCAUUAGCUCAUCAGUGAAAUUGACAGAAUUCGAGCUAGCAACAGGGCUUCAAUAAAGAUAAUGUUGCCUGGCAAGCACAGCAAGUUCUGAAUACUCUGCAUUCUCAGUUUGAAGAUUUUUCUGGAAGAUAGCCAAAAAUGCCAAAUAUUUUCUGCCUCACUUAUAAGACAAUUGGAAAAAGAAGUUAAUAUAUAUAAACAGCAUUAUCAAGAACUUCUUAAAGCUGCAGAAAGGAGUAAGAGAAGUCAAUUUAUAUCUGUACAUCUCUGAAGUUAGACCAGUUUAAGAACUGUGAAGAUUGCUUGAUUAGACAGAUCAAACUCCAAAAAGAGAUGAUUUGUGUGACAGUGUUCAAAAUCACAGACAAGGAGAAACUAAAGACCAUGUUUUUUAAAAAGUCAAAAAGUUAUAUUGAGAAAGCUGGAAAACCUUUCUUUAAGCAAAGGAUUUCUAACGAGGCAAUAUCAACCAAGAAAGAACACUUAUCUGAAGCACUUCAAAUCAUUGCUAUUUUUGGAGCUCAACAUGAAGGCAAAAUGACAGAUGAAAAAUUUAAAAAUGAAAAUUAUUGCAUGUUACACUAUUUAGUGAAUCUCUGAAACAGAGAAUACAAACCUCAGGAGAUCCAAAAUGGAAAAACAGCAACAUACCCCAAACUGGCAGAGCAUCAUAGAAGUACAAAGAAAAACUCCAAGGGGUAUGUGAUCUUCUCACCCAAAUUAAAAACCACAUAAUUGGGCAUCAAGCAACUGAUGUUGAUAAACAUGUUGGAACUGCUAAAGAGAGUCCAAAUCAAAUUAGGGCCCAACAAGAGAAGAUCAUCUCUUUGCUUGAGAAAAUGGACCAUUGUCUUUCUCCUGAGGAAAAAGAAAAACUGAAAAAAAAGCAAAAAAAAAAAAAAAAACCAUGAAGGAGCUGGAAAGCACACUAUGACACUGAAUUGGUCGAAUCAGAGAGAAAAAUGAAGUUGACACACUCUCAGGAAACAUUAAAAUGAUGUUAAUUAUGCCAUGUUUGAGCACUGGCUAUAGCAGACAGAACAAGAACUUGAAAACCUGGGGGGCAUAUGUGGAUGAUUUCAGUGGUUUGUUGACCAAGCUGAGUAGACAAGAAAGUGACUCAGAAGAUGUUAUUUUUCACAAAGGCCUUGGAAUUCAUCAUGGGAAAUAUCCUGGAAAAUACCUCGCAGAUCCCAGCGAUCUCGCCAUUAGGCUGUAUUCUUCAACAUUGGGACAGGUUUGACCCUGCCAAUCUGAAGAAGAAGCAACUCAUCUACUACUGUAAUACAGUUUGGCUCCAGUACCAACUAGACAAUGGCAAGAGAUGGGUGCAGAAUGGAAGUUUAGAUUACAGUACUAUUUUGCAGUUAGAUCGAUUCUGCAAAAAACAUGGAAAGUGGACUGAAGUUCCUUAUGUUCAGGCUUUUGCAUCUUUGUAUGUUUUGUGUCUUUCCACCUCCCCCAGUUCUUCUGCCCUUGGCACGUUCCAUCGUAACUCAAUGGAGCUACUUCCUCCAGAGUUGCCCCUUCACUUCCCUGUUGAGGAGGGCCCCCUGGCAGGGACAGUUCAUCCUCUCUCAGGAUGCCCUUGGUUCCAUGGGAUGUUGUCACGACUCAAGGCCACUCAGUUAGUACUAGAGGGAGGCACCAGCUCCCAUGGUGUUUUCCUGGUUCGUCAUAGUGAGACAAGAGAGGGAGAAUAUGUCCUCACUUUUAACUUCAAGGGCAGGGCCAAGCACCUGUACUUGUCAUUGAAUGAAAAUGGUGAGUGCUGGGUCCAGCACCUGUGGUUCCUGUCCAUUUUUGACAUGCUCAAUCAUUUCCGAGUACACCCUAUCCCUCUCGAGCCUGCAGGCUCCAGCGGUGUGGUCCUGGUUCGCUAUGUACCUACCAAACAACAGGGCUGGGAACAGGCCAGGAGUCAUGCAGAGGUGUGUGAGGGAGAUCCGUGUUACCCCAAUUUGUCUUCCAUCCUCAUGCCUUUACAGCAAUCCAAAAAAGGGAGAGUUGUGAGCUCAACUUCUAGAGGUAGUUUAUAUUCCCGAGCAGGUCAUUGUCAUAUAUUGUAAGAAAAGGCUGAUCAGGAGGCAAGUCCAAGGGCAGUCUUGUCACCCCCAAGACCCUAGCCUUAUCCCCAGUUCCUGAAGAACCAUUCUGGUCCUUCUUCAAGGAACACAGUGACAAGCUAUAAAAACCUUACAUGAGAAAAUGAUUGUUCACCAGACUGUACUCCUGUGAACCUCUGGAAGAUCUAAAGCUCCUUUUCAAAAAGCAAGACUCCAGUUUGGCUUCAAGUGCACAUAAGUAGUCACCAUAAAUACACAAUGGUAGCCUACUGAACAUUCAUCUCCUGACAAGUUCACUAAGCCCUCUUCUGUUACUUUGUAUAAACAUUAAGUCUUUUUUUAUAGCCCUCUGACAGGUUUUCCUCAGCUGAGCUGGUAAGCAAUGUUACUCUAAUGCAGACAAUACAUAAUCCCCAGUAGGUAGGGCCUACAGUCCCUUUCAGCAGGAAGUAGCUAUCUGAAGACUGAGACCUCCACUCCUUCAACAACCCAUAAAGAAUUAUGGGGAUUUAUGUCUCUCUGAGGGAAAAUGAGGUAGGAGAUCAGGACAUGGCAGGGUGCUGGAAGACAGGAUGUAACCUGUCAAUUACAAAGACCCAAAACAGAGACUAAACAGGAUGUUACCUGCCAAUCAUGGCCAGAAUAUGUAGGUAGAACAACUUCCAAUGGAUCAGAUAUGAAUGAGUAUAAAAGAUGGCAGCCAUUGACUUCACUGCCACUGUGGUUCUUAUAGUUCUGUGGUCCUUCUGUUUCUGUAGUGGUGCAUUUUGCUUGUGGUAUGUAUCUUUUACUGCUUUUCUCUUUACUCUUUUCAUUUUUUUUCUUCUCUUACUUUAAAUAAAAGUUGCAUCUACCUGUUCA